AGGUUGCCUACAGCAAAGAAUUGGGAACAAGAACAAGAGAGCCUUAGCGGCUGGCAGAACAAACAGCAUGAAUCCGAUGGCUUCAGCAGGACCCAUGGACAAUUCCAGAUUAGCACCCCACAACGGCUAUCCUGUGAACCAACAAGGCAUGUGUCAGGUGGCCCUGUCUCCAAGCAACCAGCCCCAAGUACAUCUACUUCCUGUGAACCCACCGGGUUUGAAGCUACCUGGGAGUGAGCAGCCUGUCCAGAGAGCCUUCAUGGAGGCCAAAACCUUAGGAGCUGCCCAGAUCCUUAUUGGCCUGAUACACAUCGGCCUCGGCUCGGUCAUGGCCACCGUCGUCUCUGGGGGCUACACAGCUGUCUCACUCUUUGGAGGCUUUCCCUUCUGGGGAGGCAUCUGGUUUAUUGUUUCAGGAUCCCUCUCGGUGUCAGCAGAAAAUCUGCCACAAUCUUCUUGCCUGCUGAAAGGCAGCUUGGGCUUGAACAUCAUCAGUGCAAUCUGUUCUGUGGUUGGAAUCAUACUCUGCAUCACGGAUCUGGGUCUCAUCCCAUCUUACUCUGUCUCCUAGCCCCACAGUUAUAACUGGGGUGUGAGCCCUGGUGUGGCUAUUUCCAGUGUGAUGCUCAUCUUCUGCCUCCUGGAGUUCUGCAUAACCUGUGUUUCUUCCCACUUUGGCUGCCAACUGGUCUGCUCUCAACAAAACUACGUGGGCGUGGUCCUCCCGAAUGUCUGUGUGGCAAACCCAGGGGUCGUCCCAGAACCAGUGAACUUGCCACCGACUUCUUCCAACCAGUUCCAGGGCUCCAGAUAAGCAAAGCCAAAGCUUCUAGAAGCAUCUUUCGAAGAGACAGAAAGAAGACCUCCCCUUUCUGGGCUUCUGAAACCCAGGAUCCUCUUUCCUUGACAAUCUAAAGAAAAUGUUUCUCUACCUUCAUGCAUCUUGACUUCAUUCAAUUUGGCAUGGAAAACCUUGCAUUUCCUCUAUUUAAAAGGAGACAGAAAUUUAAAGUGGCUUUUAACAAAGAGAUCCUCCCUAGGGCAUUUGCACCUGGGGCUUUGUGUGCUUACCUGUGUGAGCUCAUGGGUUGGAAGACUCAAUGUCUAGACAACCCAACCUUCCUUCUCUCAAUCAUUCGUUCAUUGAUUAAAUAUGUACUGAGCCAUGA